UAAUCAUUCUUCUUCAUCUGGGGAUGAGAAUAUUAUUAAUUUAGUGACCGAAAAUAAAUGUGUUGGCAAAAUGAACCAUAAUAAUAAUAAUAAUCAUAAUAACAAUAAUAAUAAUAAUAAUAAUAAUAAAGAGGUGACAUGGGGUUUUAAUUCAGUUAUCGGGAGACGAAAAGAAAUGGAAGAUGCGGUUGCAAUUGUGCCUGGGUUUAUGUCCAUGAUGUGUGAUCAUCAUGAGGGUGGAUGUUUUAACAAAGAGGUUUCUCCUCUUCAUUUCUUUGGUGUUUAUGAUGGUCAUGGUGGCUCACAAGUGGCAAAAUUCUGUGCGGAGCGAAUGCAUGAAGUAAUAGCAGAAGAGUGGGAUCAAGAUGCAGCUGAUGGAUUUAAAUGGCAGCAAAGAUGGGAGGCAGUGUUGUCCACUAGCUUUGAGAGGGCCGACGACGAAGUACUUACAGAGGCGGGUGCAUCUGAAAUCGUAGGAUCUACUGCGGUUGCCGUGGUCUUAUCUGGUUGCCAAAUCAUUGUAUCUAAUUGUGGUGAUUCUCGAGCAGUGCUUUGCCGUGGCACAGAAACAAUCCCUUUGACAGUUGAUCAAAAGCCCGAUAGAGAAGAUGAACUUUUGAGAAUCGAAAAACAGGAUGGGAAAAUCAUACAUUGGAAUGGAGCAAGAGUAUUUGGAGUCCUUGCCAUGUCCAGAGCGAUAGGUGAUCGUUACUUAAGACCAUGGAUAAUUCCUGUUCCUGAAAUAAGUUUCACAACCAGAACCAACGAAGACGAGUGUUUGAUAAUAGCAAGUGAUGGACUUUGGGAUGUCAUGUCAAACAAUGAUGUCGGUGAGGUGGCUCGUCGUGUGUUACGCAGGAAACGGCGGACUACCGUUAACGGUGGGGCACCGGCUGCACAGAUUCUUGCUGAUAGCUUGACUGAGAUAGCCGUGGGGAGAAACAGUUCUGACAACAUAUCAGUGAUCGUUGUUGAUCUAAAAUCAAAUAAAAAGCAGUAGAAUAGAUGAUCAAGAAGAGCUUGUACAAAAGGCCUUUUGCUUUUCAACCUGGUAAACAAGAUCACUCCUUACUUUUUACUUGGCUUGACCCGUUAUCUAUCGAGUAACAAGCUGAGAAAACUAGAUGUUAACCGUUUGUUGUGAUGAUGAUGAUGUUCUUGGUUGAUAAAUUAGCCUUUAACUGAUGUUAACAUGCCAUUUUUUCUGGUUAUAUAACUAGAUUAUUAUAAUUGCAACCUAUUGCUCAUUUGUCUUGUCUUGCAUUUUAAAAGUUGAUUAUUAUUGUAACAUAUCUUAUUCAUAAAGGUUGUAAAGAGAAAAAAGCCAAUAUAUCUUUAAGUGUA